UAAUUAAAAGCUUCCAAAGCAGCCCGUCCACGUUUCUCUGUCACAACAAAGACGCCUCCAAAUCCGCAUACAAAGCAACCUAGAACAAUCAAAACAAGCCAUCCAACGGAUUUGAUCGUUCUUCACAAAUCCCUUCUCUUCUCACUAAAAAAAUCCCAGAAAAAGAUUCCAUUCUUUCCCAAUUCCUUUAUUAUUCCUUUAUCUGGGUCCAUGGCGGAAUCAGAUAAUGACCUUGCAAUAUCAAGUAAACGCUUUGAUCGAUCCUUUACCUUGCAACCCACCGUUGAUUCUAACUCUAAUCUCAAUUAUGCAUCUCUUAAUCGAGCUCUUUCCAUCAACAAGUUGUACAACUCUAUAGGAUCUGUUUUCUCAGCUGGCAAUUCUAUCAAAGGUAAGGUCAAGCAACUCUGCAGUUUAUUUGACUCUAAGAAACCCCAAAAACUUACAAAUUUGAUCGAAGCUGAAACUAAAAAUAUUAAAUCUUUAAAACAAACGAAAUCACUGUGUUAUAAUGAUGAAUCUUUUAUUAGAUUACCGGGUACCCAAGAUCGAAUUGUUGUUUAUUUGACGAGUUUGAGAGGAAUUAGAAGAACUUAUGAGGAUUGUUACGCGGUUAGGACUAUAUUUAGAGGGUUUAGUGUUUGGGUUGAUGAGAGAGAUGUUUCUAUGGAUUCGGCCUAUAAGAAGGAGUUACAGAGUGUAUUUGGAGGGAAGAAAGUGGGCUUGCCACAGGUUUUUAUAAGGGGAAAGUAUAUUGGUGGAGCUGAUGUCUUAAAGAGUAUGUUUGAAACUGGUGAAUUGGCUAGGGUUCUUGAAGGGUUUCCGAGACAACAACCGGCACUUGUUUGUGGGAGUUGUGGGGAUGUGAGGUUUGUGCCUUGUGGGAAUUGCAAUGGGAGUAGAAAGGUGUUUGAUGAAGAGGAAGAGGUUCUUAAACGGUGUUUGGUAUGUAAUGAAAAUGGCUUGAUUAGGUGCCCUAUUUGCUGCUUAUGAGAGUUGUCAUUGCCAUCACCAUUGCACUUUACUGCUUGCUUGCAUUUAGCUCUCUUGGUAUAAAUAUGGAUCCAAAUGGUUCUUUGGAUUCAUCAUGGGUGUUCUCUUUUGUGUUCACCUGUUUGGGAACGUUUGGUAAUGUUUACUGUCUUGCAGAUCAGCACCGUGAAAAUAAUGCUACUAUUGCACUUAAAAUUACUGGGGAGAGUAUUUUUCUCCUGUAUGGGAUGUAAAUAUUUUAGUGUUCUGUUACUGUAAUGGUGUUGCAAAUAUAGCAAAAGAUGUACUGUAAUCAAACGGGUUUGUUUUUGUGCCCGAGGCUCUCUUGGUAUAAAAGUUGAAGCUCAUCAGAAUCUUAUUUAGGGUUUGAGCUUAAACUUUUAUUGGAUACAUUGCUUCUCUUUUGCAUAUACGGCCAUAUUGUAAAUUAAGCAUCUUAAAACUAUUAUGUUUGCUUUUAUAGCCAAAGAUUGAAAAGAUGGAUGCUUUGCUAUGAUUUAAUA